AUGCCGAGAGUAUGGUGCAUGGUGGUUGGCAACGGAAUCCCGUUCCCUGUGGACAUCGGAGCUGAUGAGACUGCGGGGGAUCUUAAGCAGCAGAUCAAGAAGGGCAAUCCGUCCUUGAUAGCGUGUGAUGCGAAGGAUUUGACGCUCUUCCGGGCGUUCAAGAAUGGCGCGUGGCUGACGAGCGAUGCUGCAAAGGACGUGACGGUCGACGACCUUGGUGACUUCACCAUGAUGAACCCACAGCACUUGAUCCAAGAUCCUGCAAACUUUCCUGCGAACAUCGACGUGAACGCAGUGGACAUUCUAGUGCUGGCGGCGGUCCCCGUGGUUGCACCACCAUCAGUCGCGUCGCUGACCUCCGACGUGCCUACCCCCUUGACGAAAUACACCCACUCGGGGAUGAAUACUAACAACGGCCAGGACCUGCUGACAAGGUUGAACGUUGUUGUGAAAUGUUCUGUGGCGUCCGCCGUUGGCGACCAGGUUGUUGCGGCUGAACCGUUCAAGUGGGAGGACAGUAGUUCCGAUGGAAAUGGUCAAUCCAUCCCGUUGACUGAAGAACAACAGAGUCAACGGUACCGCGCAUACUUGGAAGCCCAUCUUGUAGCUGUGCUCAAGAAACACAAGCUAUGUGUGUUUGCUGUGGACAAGGGCGACGACAUCCUCUCCGCUGCGAUCCCAGGCCACGACAUUCUCCUAGUGUGCGGCACCGACCUCGUCAUUCUGGAUGACUUGCGCGAGGUGGACAUCAACUCGACCUACGAGGCCACGUCGCAGCUGAUCGCUCUGGAUGCGCUGGCCCCUGAUUACGUCAUGGUGCUGCUGACCGACUUGACCACUACGUGGGAGUUCUUGUGGAUUUCCGACAUCCAUCCCCCGUGCAUCCACAAAAUGUACGUCGCGACUCCUGGAGAUGCGUUUCAAGUGAUUCGGGCGAUCGUCGACGACGAUGAGACUGAGCUGGAACUGGCUUGCAUGGAACGUCCGCUGAAGCGACGCAAGCUGGACGAAGCGUGUGAAGAUGCUGGCGAUGGGAUUCGGGAGCGCGUCCAGCAGUACUAUGACAUCCAGAGCAUGCUGGGGCCUGACGACGACAUGGCAGAGGCGUUGGCGCGUGGCAUUGUGAGAUGUAUCCCUCAAUAUCGCGCGCACAUUGAAUUCAAGUAG